GGAGGAGGGGGCGCAUGUGGACUUUCCGCUCGCUGCUGUGGCUGCGGUGCGCGGCCGGGCGCGCCAUGUCGCAGGGGCCGACUCGCCGGCCGCGGCCGCCCAAGGACCCGCUGCGGCACCUGCGCACGCGGGAGAAGCGCGGCCCGUCGUGGGGGCCCGGGGGCCCGAACACCGUGUACCUGCAGGUGGUGGCGGCCGGCGGCCGGGAUGCAGGCGCUGCGCUCUACGUCUUCUCCGAGUUCAACCGGUAUCUCUUCAACUGCGGGGAAGGCAUCCAGCGACUCAUGCAGGAGCACAAGCUGAAGGUGUCUCGUUUGGACAACAUAUUCCUGACCCGAAUGCACUGGUCUAAUGUUGGAGGGCUGUGUGGAAUGAUUCUUACCUUAAAGGAAACCGGGGUUCCCAAGUGUGUGCUCUCUGGACCUCCACAACUGGAAAAGUACCUGGAAGCUAUCAAAAUAUUUUCUGGUCCACUGAAAGGAAUAGACCUGGCCGUGCGCCCCCACUCCGCGCCGGAAUACCAGGACGAGACCAUGACGGUCUUCCAGAUCCCCAUCCACGGUGAACAGGCGAAUGGGAAGCACCAGCCAGCGCAGAGUCCGGAGGGGCCGAGUCCCGAGCCGUCUCCCGACUCGGGACCAGCGGAAGGGGAGCGGCACCCGGCGGAUGGUGUUGGCCAGAAAAUGCACGGCAGGGACCCCUCCUUGGUCGUAGCUUUUGUCUGUAAGCUCCACAUGAAGAAGGGAAACUUCUUAGUACUCAAAGCGAAGGAGCUGGGCCUCCCAGUCGGAACAGCUGCCAUCGCACCCAUCAUUGCUGCUGUCAAGGACGGGAAGAGCAUCACGUUCGAAGGAAGAGAGAUUUUGCCUGAAGAGGUCUGCACCGCCCCAGACCCCAGGGUCGCUUUCGUUGUGGUAGAGUGUCCAGACGAAGGAUUCAUUCAGCCCCUCUGUGAGAGUGCCACCUUCAGGAGUUUCCAAGGAAGAGCCGAAGCCCCCGUGGCCCUGGUGGUCCACAUGACCCCGGAGCACGUGCUCCUGGACAGCAGAUACCAGCAGUGGAUGGAGAGGUUCGGGCCCGACACCCAGCACCUGGUUCUGAACGAGCAGUGUGAGUCGGUCCACAACCUCCGCAGCCACAAGAUCCAGACGCAGCUCGGCCUCAUCCACCCCGGCAUCUUCCCCCCGCUCGCCAGCCUCCGCCCCCAGGAAGGACGGCUUGCCCCCUGCGUGCCCCUGGUCCGCGGCCAGUGUCUCCUCAAGUACCAGCUCCGGCCCCGGCGCGAGUGGCAGAGGGAUGCCAUCAUGACCUGCGACCCUGAGGAAUUCAUUGCCGAGGCCCUGGAGCUGCCCAGUUUCCAGGAGAGCGUGCAGGAGUACAGGAAGGCUGUGCAGGACGGCCCGGCCCCGGCGGAGAAUAGAGGCCGGUACCCGGAAGUGGUCUUCCUCGGAACGGGCUCCGCGGUCCCCAUGAAGAUCCGGAAUGUCAGCUCCACUCUCGUCAACGUCAGCUCCGACGCGUCCCUGCUGCUGGACUGCGGGGAGGGCACCUUCGGGCAGCUGUGCCGCCACUACGGGGACGAAGUCGACCGGCUCCUGGGCACCCUCGCCGCCGUGUUCGUGUCCCACCUGCACGCGGACCACCACACGGGCUUGCUGAACAUCCUGCUGCAGAGGGAGCGGGCUCUGGUGUCGCUGGGGAAGCCGUGCCACCCGCUGCUCGUAGUGGCCCCCACCCAGCUCCGGGCCUGGCUCCAGCAGUAUCACAACCAGUGCCAGCCGCUGCUGCACCACGUCAGUAUUAUUCCUGCCAAAUGCCUUCAGAAAGGAGCUGAGGUCUCCAACCCCAAAGUGGAAAGGUUGAUCAGUUUGCUGCUGGAAACCUGUGGCUUGGAGGAGUUUCAGACCUGCCUGGUCCGGCACUGCAAGCACGCCUUCGGCUGUGCGCUGGUCCACACGUCGGGCUGGAAGAUGGUUUAUUCUGGGGACACCAUGCCCUGUGAGGCUCUGGUCCAGAUGGGCAAGGACGCCACUCUCCUGAUCCACGAGGCCACCUUGGAAGAUGGUCUGGAAGAGGAAGCCGUGGAAAAGACACACAGCACCACCUCCCAGGCCAUCGGCGUGGGGCUGCGGAUGAACGCGGGCUUCGUCAUGCUGAACCACUUCAGCCAGCGCUACGCCAAGAUCCCGCUCUUCAGCCCCGACUUCAACGAGAAAGUCGGCAUCGCCUUCGACCACAUGAAGGUCAGCCUGGGGGACCUCCCGACGGUGCCCAAGCUGAUGGCGCCGCUGAAGGCCCUGUUCGCCGGGGACCUGGAGGAGAUGGAGGGGCGCAGGGAGCGGCGCGAGCUGCGGCAGGUGCGGGCAGCGCUGCUCGCCGGGGGCGACGCGGAGCCCCUGCGGAAACGGGCCCCAGCCGCGCAGCCCCCAAGCCCGCAGAGCAAGAAGGUCAGGGUCCAGUAGCGACGCGGGGUCUGCGGAGCCGCCGCGCGGAGGAGGAGUAGGCCGACGUCGGCUCCGUGCACGCCGCGUCUUCGGUCUGUCACGUGGGGUCAGGGCGCACCCCCCCCCUCUGCUGCGGCCCAGCCGUCCCCUCUGUACCCAGAGGCAGCCGGGCCGCAGGAGCGUGGGGCUGUGGACGCGAAGCCUCCAGGAAAAGCGUCUCCGAGGAUGGAGCACAGUGAAGGACACGUUUGGAACCCGAGUGCUUUAUCCCUGUACCGCCGCUGGGGACCCAGGGUGCCCGGAAACAGCUUGAUCGUGGCGAGGCCCUUUGGGACCACCGCGCCUCCGCAGCCUGGUUUCUUGGCAGAAGUCGGGCGGUGCGGACACAGCCGUGGUCGGCCGGGCCCGGCCGUGCAGGGGCUCCGGGGAAGUGCUGUCCCGGCUUGCCCCGUGACGAGAACCACUCCCUGCCCUACAGAGCGCUGAAAACCCCCGCGUGGGGUGCCUCCGGUGCCCUCCUUUUUGAGGCUGAACAACACUGAGGUUAGUGUGUGUUUGAAAAGUGAGAAUUUUCAAAGAAUAUUCUUCCCUCCCGGGAGACCAGAGAAGGAGCUUUAAAGUUUCAGGUGCUGGGAGACGCAGACCAAGGACUGGACUUGCCGUGACCUCGGGGUCCCUCCCGAGGCAGCGCCUGGCAUCAACUCCCGUGGCCCCUUGAGCUUGUUAUUAAAACAAGAUAGGCCACACUCAGGGAUAAUAAAUCUAUUUUAAUAACA